ACAGUCUUAUAUUCGAGUCACGCGGUGAACUCGAGCAGCCGGUUCAAAAGUCGAAAGCCGUGGCUGAUCAUCUCUGGAAGCAAGGCACCAGACUCGCUAUCGUCCUUAUCGAGCCACAGGCAUGGCAGAGGCGUGCAACGAAGGGCCCAGCACCUCAGGGGGCCGCGGUGCGCCCGAAAUGGCCAGCUGCAACAACAACGGAGUCCGCCGGCCUCUCAAGUUGAAUUGCAUUGGCAAAAUUCAAGAAAUUCCUUUGUUUGAUAAGGCCAUUUCGACUGUCGGAGGAUACUACAAUCGGUUCAAGAGAAUCAAUCCCGUGGCAGAGUGGGGCCUUGAUGUGGCUGAAGGGAAGCUGUACUCCGUGGCUGAAUUUUCUCUCGCAUCUCCAUUGAAAUUCCCACUGAAAUUGGCCGAUUCGGUCUUAUGCUACAGCCUCGGGCUCGUCGAAAACCGAAUUCCUGUCAUCAAACGCCAGCCUGAUGAGAUCAUUCCGACCGUCCGAAAAAUGGUUUCGGACAAGGCUGAGGCCAUCACUCAUCCGGUUGUGUCGCGGGCGAGUUCGUUCAAAAAGGUGGCCACCAAGUUCGGCAUGCAGAAGGCCGACCAGGCCAUCGGCACGCGCGUUGGGUCCAUGACUGCGAAUAAAAUCAUCGCAGCGUGCCAAAUUGCUGAGAACCUGAUGGACACCUAUUUGCCCGACCCCGAAGAUGCCCAACGAGGAGCAGGCAGCGAAGACGAGGAGCUGGAACACCAGAGCGCCGCUCGGUACACCGUGGGCCGCGUGGACAACGUCACUCGCACCUUCGGCAGACGGCUCGCCAAACGCACCUGCUCCCUGAAGCAGUCCAUCAUGGACACCAUCUACAACCUGCUCUCCUUCGUCAAAUCCAUCGUCACGAAUCCGAAAUGCGUUUGGGACUACAUGGCCAACAUUUGGUACGAGCUGAGCGAGGACGAACCUGAGAACCAGCCCCCACCCAAGAGCCUCUCCGAGGUCUCUGGCGUCAUCGUGAGGGAAAGCGCUCGUCAAGUUGUCCACCUGGUCAAUGCUCUAACUGCCUGGCCUAUCGCAGCUUUCAAAUGGAUUGCACAUCUGAUCAACCGAUUCUACAAAAGCGUGCGGCUUGAUCAAGCGGUCGCUUUUGCCAACAAGCAGUUGAGCGCCGUGUCCAAGUGCGAGCUGUACAUCCAAAGGGGCAUUGGCCGCUUCCCUCAGUAAUGAUGCUCCGAACGUCCGUCCCGUGAGUGCGAAACAAUUGGAUUUGCACCAUCCCAGGCACGAACACGUGCCGAAGCGCCGAUUGUUAUUCAGCGUUGACUCAAGCCACCAUGCACCGCCCGUGUGCCACACCGAGUGGAAAUUGUCUUAAAAACCAUCUUAUUUGCGCAUUUUUCUGUUUCAUACGUCAUUUUAGCUUAAAUCUUUUAAGGGUUCAGAGUUGCUAGUAAAUCUGUGGAUGGAAUUAUAAUUGUAUUUGUUUAAUAAAGUAAAAUAGUAAAAAUCCGAACGGAAAUUCCUAAACGAGAACAAA